GUGCUUGAUUCUUGAUGAAUAAGAAUGAAUCUUUAAAAUCUACUGAAAUCUUCUUUAAGAAAAUGCACUUUCAUCAAGCAAAGUUGGUUGUCACUUGCCAGCAAUUUUGUUCGAAGAAAAGUGUGCGCUAUAUUUGUAUAUAUGUGACGUCAUAUUAUUUUCUUCUUCACUCAAAGGCCACUGAGGGGAGCAAGGGAGCAAGUUAGAUUAGUUAGAUUCGGUUUGUUAGAUAAAUUCGAUCGGUUUUGAUUUGGUUCCGAGUUGGAUGGUAUUUCUGAAGGUAUAAAGUGUUAAAAAUGUUCUCCUUUCGCAUUAUCAGAGGAGCAUCUGCUGCUAUCACCGGCAAUGUUGUGAGGCGAGGUGCCAGUGUCGGGCAGACCAAGCCCUUGGCCCAGCUGCGACACAUCCGAUCGAAAACCACAGCUUCACAGGCCGUCAGUCCGACAAGUCUGAAGGUUGAUCCGUCUCAGAAAAAGUCUCUGUCGGACUUCGGCAAAUAUGUGGCUGAUUGUAUGCCUAAAUACGUUCAGAAGGUUCAGAUUUCAUCAGGGAAUGAGCUCGAGAUCCUGAUAGCGCCGGAGGGCGUGGUGCCGGUGCUGCAGUUCCUCAAGGACCACCAUAAUGCCCAGUUCGCUGUCGUCUCGGAUAUCACGGCCAUAGACGUGCCGUCCCGACACUACCGAUUCGAGCUGAUCUACAAUCUUCUGUCGCUGCGUUACAACUCGCGGAUUCGCGUGAAAACGUACACCGACGAGCUGACACCGGUCGACUCCUGUGUCGAAGUCUUCAAGGGCGCUAAUUGGUAUGAGCGUGAGAUCUGGGACAUGUACGGAGUGUUUUUCUCCAACCAUCCCGACCUGCGGAGAAUUCUCACCGACUACGGAUUCGAGGGACACCCGUUCAGGAAGGACUUCCCCCUUUCCGGAUACGUCGAGGUCCGCUAUGACGACGAGGCGAAGCGCGUGGUGGUGGAGCCCGUCGAGCUGGCCCAGGAGUUCCGCAAGUUCGACCUCGAGUCGCCCUGGGAACAGUUCCCGGCGCACCGCUCCAAGCCGGCCGCCGAGGACGUGCCCAUCGACAAAUGAGAGCUGGACGGCAAAUGCUGGACUCAGUCAAACCCGGUCCGGACUACAUCAAUAGAUGAACUAUGAGGUGCACGGUAUGCCAAUAUACUUGAGUGUGUAUGUGUA